AAGAGCCCAGGUUUUUGGGAACCCAAACAACUUCGACUCUUUUCUCGCCUGCGGAGCUUUUUCUUCCCAAUAUUUCCACUUCCUGCAUCCCUUGUGUGUCAAAUUCUUCUGGAUAUAUAUAUAUAUUUUUUGUAUGUGUGCGCGCGUGAGUGGUGAGGUCGUUUUAGCUCCGGGACGUGAUGUAGCCCCCGCACAGAAGGACGCCUCGUGCCGUGAGGGGAUGUAAAGAGAAGGGGAGACAACACUACUGUGGAUACAGCCGCGAGGAAGCUGCUGUGUGUUUUCUUUUUUUUUUUUUUUUUUUGUAUUGUGCGCGCGACAUCACCGGGAGACUCGGGGAUUGUGGACGCACGGCAGAUUAAACCGAGCCGAUUUUAACGAGGAUAUUGAACUAUUUGGAUUCUCUCUCCGCCACGCAUCGUGCGUAAGGACUGUACCCAAACGCCUGCAAGACACUUUACAGAGAAAUUAUCGCUUUUUACUUUGAAUGGACGGACGUGAGCGGUAUCUCCUCUGCACCAGCGAUUUCUAAAUCCGCGGACAGGACAUGCUUAUAACAUCUGGAAUGUGAUAUACACGACGUGUCAGGAGAACACUGAAGAAUCAAACUCCUUCUUGCAUCAGAUUCUUCCCAGUAUCUGAGGUCUGAAUAGGAGGACUUGUGCUCUCGAGGGAAGAGCGGCGCAGUGGAGCGGUCCGUCUCGUAAAGGUAGAACCUAAAUCCGGGCAUUUGCCAGCAAAAGACUGACCUAAACCGGGACCUUCAGCAGGGGGCGGUAAGAGGAGGAGGAGGCCAUGUGGACCGCACGCCUGCUUGUCCUCGCCAGCCUCUUCGCACCAGCCGCUCUGGCCUUCAGUCGAGCACCCAUCCCCAUGGCGGUGGUGAGAAGGGAGCUGUCGUGUGAGAGUUACCCUAUCGAGCUUCGAUGCCCAGGUACGGACGUCAUCAUGAUCGAGAGCGCCAACUACGGCCGCACCGAUGACAAGAUCUGUGAUGCAGAUCCAGCUCAGAUGGAGAACACGCGGUGUUACCUGCCGGAUGCAUACAAAAUCAUGUCACAAAGGUGUAAUAACCGCACACAGUGUGCUGUCGUGGCCGGACCAGAUGUAUUUCCCGACCCCUGCCCGGGAACCUACAAAUACCUGGAGGUCCAAUAUGAAUGUGUGCCCUACAAAGUGGAACAAAAAGUAUUCCUGUGCCCAGGGCUUCUACGCAGGGUGUACCAGAGCGAGCACCUCUUCGAAUCGGACCACCAGUCAGGAGCCUGGUGCAAAGACCCCCUCCAAGCCUCCGAUAAGAUUUACUACAUGCCCUGGACACCCUAUCGCACCGACACGUUGACUGAAUAUUCCUCCAAGGAAGACUUCAUCGCCGGGAGACCGACAACGACCUACAAACUCCCUCAUCGUGUCGAUGGGACAGGUUUUGUGGUCUAUGAUGGGGCGCUUUUUUUCAACAAAGAGCGCACACGCAACAUUGUUAAGUUUGACUUGCGGACUCGCAUCAAAAGUGGUGAAGCCAUCAUUGCCAACGCCAACUACCAUGACACGUCUCCAUACCGCUGGGGAGGGAAAUCCGACAUUGACCUGGCUGUAGAUGAAAAUGGCCUUUGGGUGAUUUAUGCAACCGAGCAGAACAACGGGAGGAUCGUUAUCAGCCAGCUCAAUCCCUACACGUUACGUGUUGAAGGAACUUGGGACACAGCUUAUGAUAAGCGCUCUGCAUCCAACGCCUUCAUGAUCUGUGGAAUCCUUUAUGUAGUAAAGUCAGUGUAUGAGGACGAUGACAAUGAGGCAACAGGCAACAAGAUUGACUACAUAUACAACACAGAGCUGAGUAAAGAUGGAUUUCUGGACAUCCCUUUUCCCAAUUCCUAUCAGUACAUCGCUGCUGUGGAUUAUAACCCCAGGGACAAUCUGCUGUACGUUUGGAACAAUUACCAUGUUGUGAAGUACUCACUGGACUUUGGAGCAUUGGACAACAGACUUGAAACCUCCUCUUCUAUUAUGGUCUACAUGGACACAACCACAAUGACAACAAGGACGACCACCCGACCCACCACUGUUACACUGACAACCACGACAGGCAGGACUACCACGACCAGGAUGCCUGCUACGACAACUUCAAUGGCCCCAUGGCCACGAACAACCACCACAGUGGCAACCCCAGUCCAGACGGUGGUGGAGGGUUUGGUUCCAGAGGAUGACGACGAUGGGUUGCCACCUUCCUCCAAACUUCCAAAUAUUAGGGUGGAGUACUGCAACCCUUUGGUGAUGAUGGACAUCUCUUGGCCCAAGACCAAGCAAGGGAUGGUGACCAGGAUGCCAUGUCCACCUGGGACUAUAGGCGUUGCUUCAUACAUGUGCAUGGGUCCAGAGGGAUACUGGGACCCCCAGGGACCUGACUUCAGCAACUGCACCUCCCCUUGGGUCAACCUCAUCAGCCAGAAGUUAAAAGCUGGAGAGACAGCAGCAGUCAUCGCGAGAGAGUUGGCAGAGCAAACAAAGCGAAAUCUCCAGGCGGGGGAUAUCACGUACACGGUGAAGGCCAUGGUUCAGCUGGUGGAUCUCCUCGACGUGCAGCUACGGAACCUCACGCCUGGUGGCAAAGACAGCGCUGCCCGGAGCCUCAACAAGCUGCAGAAAAGAGAGCGCUCUUGCCGGUUUUACGUACAGGCUAUGGUGGAGACAGUCAACAACUUGCUGCAGCCACAGGCGCAAGCAGCCUGGAGGGAGCUGAGCACCGGAGAGCAGCUGAGGGCAGCCACCAUGCUUCUGGACACUGUGGAGCAGGGGGCAUUUGUGCUGGCAGAUAACUUGCUGAAGACGGACAUAGUGCAAGAGAACACUGAUAAUAUCCAGCUGGAGGUGGCAAGGAUGAGCACAGAUGGGAAUUUGCCUGAUCUGAAGUUUCCACAAACUGGAGGACAGGGCAACUCCAUCCACCUGUCAGCUAACACACUAAAGCAGCACGGAAGAAAUGGUGAGAUCAGGAUAGCAUUCGUCUUGUACAAACACAUCGGGGUCUACCUUUCCACGGAGAAUGCCAGCAUGAAACUGGGCAGUGAAGCAAUGGCAACCAAUUAUUCCGUCAUCGUCAACUCCCCGGUGAUCACAGCUGCCAUCAACAAGGACUCUAACAAAGUCUACCUCUCUGACCCUGUCAUUUUCACCAUCAGACACCUACAGCAGUCUGAGGAGAACUUCAACCCCAACUGUUCAUUCUGGAGUUAUUCCAAGAGAAGCAUGACUGGCUACUGGUCGACACAGGACUGCCGCUUGCUAGGCACCAACAGGACUCACACCACAUGCUCCUGUACCCAUCUAACCAAUUUUGCCGUCCUCAUGGCUCAUGUCGAUGUCAAGAACACAGACCCCGUUCACGACAUGCUUCUGGAUGUCAUUACCUGGGUCGGCAUCCUUUUGUCGCUGGUCUGCCUCCUCAUCAGUCUCUUCACCUUCUGCUUCUUCCGCGGCCUUCAGAGUGAUCGCAACACCAUUCAUAAGAACCUCUGCAUCAGUUUGUUCAUCGCCGAGUCUCUGUUUCUGGUGGGAAUCAACCGGGGUGACCAGCCGAUUGCUUGUGCUGUCUUCGCCGCCCUGCUCCACUUCUUCUUCCUGGCAGCAUUCACAUGGAUGUUUCUAGAGGGAGUGCAGCUCUACAUCAUGCUGGUGGAGGUUUUCGAGAGCGAGCACUCACGCAGGCGCUACUUCUACAUGGUGGGCUACGGAGUUCCAGCGCUGAUUGUGGCCGUUUCUGCUGCAGUGGACUACAGGAGCUACGGCACUGACCGAGUUUGCUGGCUUCGACUGGACACCUACUUCAUUUGGAGUUUCAUAGGACCAGCAACCUUGAUAAUUAUGCUCAAUGUGAUCUUCCUGGGCAUCGCUCUCUACAAGAUGUUCCAUCACACGGCCAUCUUGAAACCAGACUCCGGUUGCCUGGACAACAUCAAAUCAUGGGUGAUUGGGGCCAUCGCCUUGCUAUGCCUGCUAGGUCUGACCUGGGCCUUCGGCCUCAUGUAUGUCAAUGAGAGCACAGUGGUCAUGGCCUACCUGUUCACCAUCUUCAACUCCCUGCAGGGGAUGUUCAUCUUCAUUUUCCACUGUGUGCUGCAGAAGAAGGUGCGUAAAGAGUACGGGAAAUGCCUGCGUACUCACUGCUGCAGCGGCAAAAGUGUGGACAGCUCCAUCGGCUCAGGAAAAGGCAACGCCUCCCGUGCACCAGGACGUUAUUCUACAGGGUCACAGAGCCGCAUCCGCCGAAUGUGGAAUGACACGGUCAGAAAACAGUCCGAGUCUUCUUUCAUGACUGGUGACAUCAACAGCUCUGCAUCGCUCAACAGAGGGGCUAUGGCUAACCAUCUUAUUCCUAAUGCACUCCUACGUCCUCAUGGCACUAACAAUCCCUAUAAUACAUUGCUUGGGGAAUCGGCAGUCUAUAACAACCCUCUGGGCAUGUACAACACACAAGAGCCCUACAGAGAGACAAAGGGAAUCCUGAACAAUGCCCGGGAUACAAGUGUCAUGGAUACUCUACCACUGAAUGGUAACCAUGGCAACAGCUACAGCAUCGCCAGCGCCGAGUACAUGAGUGACUGCGUCCAGAUUAUCGACCGGGGCUACAACCACAAGGAGACCACCCUGGAGAAGAAGAUCCUGAAAGAGCUUACCUCUAACUACAUCCCGUCCUACCUGAACAAUUCCCAUGAGCGCUCGGCCGAGCACAACCGCAACCUGAUGAACAAGCUGGUCAACAAUGUCAGCAACGGCGGCAAGGACAGCGGCUACGGGAUGGGCUUGGGGAUGGGGUUGGGUAUGAAUGUGGCGCUGGGCCUGGACGACCACUCCACCUUCGGGCCGCACCACGACGAAGGCCUCGGCUUGGAGUUAAUCCGCGAGGAGUCGAAUGCCCCACUGUUGCCUCAAAGACCACCCCCGUCUCUGCAGGCGGUCGACAACCUUCACAAUCACCUCCACCAGUCGGUGCCGCCGCCCCUUCCGCUGCCCCACCACCCCUUCUCAUCAGCGACAACCUCCUCUUCUUCGAGGCGGAGGAUCCCGCAGGAGAACAGCGAGAGUUUCUUCCCUUUACUCACCAACGAGCACACCGAAGAGGAAAGCUCAUCUCCGAUCCAUAACCACCAGAGAGACUCGCUCUACACCAGCAUGCCCAUGCUGUCCGGCCUGCCUGACGUGUCCGAAUCUGCAGACAGCUCCAAGGAUGGAGGGGACGCCAAGAGCCCCGAGGCCAGCUCGGACGACGUUUACUACAAGAGCAUGCCCAAUUUGGGCUCGGGUAACCACCUUCAUCAGCUGCACUCCUACUACCAGCUAGGGCGGGGCAGCAGUGACGGCUUCAUCGUGCCCCCUAAUAAAGAGGAUCUAUCCCCUGAAGAGGCCCACCAGGAGCCAUCACACCUGGUCACCAGCCUAUAGGCCUGAACCUCCCACACUCCUCCGGUGUCCCUGUUGUUACUGUAGUCCUCUCUCUCCUCCGUGUCCCUUUUUCCAUCAGUUGUUGGCAGUGGUAGCCUUUCUUUUUAUUCUGUGUCAUAAAAAACUGAGGCGAAGCAAAUAACUGUACUCCACAAACAGGAUAAUAAUCACAACGUAAGGGGGCAAAAUUGUGACGAUAUUUGAACAGACAAUGCAGGAACCUGUUGAUGUUGUGUCCCCUUUUCUCUUCACAAACUCUCUGUGGUUUGACAUGUAUUGUCUCAGUGUGAAAAGAGACAAUUACCCACACAGGAUUUCUUGAGAUACAGCCUGGCAGUCAAAAAACGAACUGCACAGCCCUGAAACUAUAAAAGUCUAAACUACAGACUGCACCAGAGUAAAUGGGAGAUUUAAAAAAGGACUAUUUUAUUAUACUUCUGUAUCUAUAUUGACUUUUUGAAAGAUUUUCUUCCUCUUUGGUGAGUUGCAGCACAUUUGUUUGCUGAAGUGUCCCUUCAAUGAAAAAAAAAAAAGAAAAGACAAAAAAAAAACAUUUUGAACAAUUACCAUGAAGGAAUUAUUGAUCGUAUGCUUUCAAGCAUAGCUGUUCUGUUUUUCUUUCAUUUUACUGUAAUAACAGCUGUUAAAAGAGGGAGAAAAAACUAAUAAGAGAACUAUGAGAUAUUUCUAUGUAAUUGUACAGAUAACUAGCAUUGCACAUUAUAGUAUGCUUUUUUUUGUUCCGAGCAAACCCUUCGUCUCUGUAAAUGUAGUGCUUAGGAGCAAUUUUGUUCUGUUGUGCUGCUGGCCUCUCUGGGUUUCUGGUACCAGUCUUUUUAUUUUGUAUUUUUUUUAUCACUUUUCAAGAAGUGAGCACCUGGACAGAAAAAAAUAACACAAAAAAUAUCACAAAAGAACACUUAACAGGCAGGCAUCUUUGUGUGUCGAAUUCAGCUUUGUUUCAUGUGAUUUUUUUUUUAUUAGUAUUUCUUCUCCCCUCUUUUUUUUUUUUUUUUUCUUUUUUUACAAUGUAGUGAAUUCGAUCGACACAUCAGUGAGGAGACAGAAUUGCCCAAUCCCAAUCUCCUACCUCAGCACUGGACCAUCAUGGACUUUAAGGCAUCAGGCUUGUUGUGUAUUAGUAUUUAAGUUAAAAUAAUGUGGCCAAAUUAUAAUUUUUAGCAUAUCUUUGCAUUUCAUAGAAGCCCUAAGUCAUCGGCUUAAUGCCCCUUUACACUUUAUUUUUUUCCUGUCUUUCCAUGUUAAUGAGUGCAUUAGGGAUGCACACAGUUAGCUGGAUAAACAGAGAAAUUCAGAUUCCUUGUUUGUCAACAUUAAAAUUACUGGUCAGUUAAAGAUGUUAUUAUUCAGGCCCAAAUAGUCUGCAUGAAUUUUACCACUGCCACCUGCUACUAGUAGCCACUGUCACUCCAGUUAAUGACUCUGGCUUGCUGCCACAAUGCUCUUUAACCCUCUGAGACCGAUGUCAUCAUAUACAGCAAGAGGAGACAUGUGUUAUUUAAAGUUAAAUAACUUUGGAACCAUGAAUAACAGCCACUUACUUGUUUUUCCUCUGAAAGCCCUCCUUUGUGCUGUUCUAAUGCCACUAUCCACACCUCUGUAGCUCUUAGAGAACGUUUUCUAGCAAGCCUGGGACUUGGAUGACUUUCUGGAGUCCUUAAAGGUUAAAUCCAUACAAGUAACUCUGAUACUGAAUGUCUUCUUAUCUAUUUUAUAAUCUGUUUUUCAAUUGUCCCUCCUGCUAGCAGCUAAUGGUGUUACCAUAUUGUCUGUUAGUUUCCCACAAUGCAUUGCGACAGGGCUGGGAUAACCAAUGACAGGUUGUUACAUUGUCGCAAAAUGCUCUGCACAACAGUGCCUGUGCAAACACUUAGCAACUUGAAAAGAGAGCCUGAAUGACUCAGAGAGAAAGAGACACAGAAAGGCUGUGAUGUGUCCCUCUGUGUCACUGCAGACAGCUUUGAAUAAUGACUCAAAUUCCCAGAAGUGCAAGAACAUUUUUUAAAAUGUGAAUAUUCUGAAGUCUUUUUGUCACGGAAUGAUUAUUUUUCAAGUUUUUGGUUCCCAAGAGAUGGGAGAAAAAGCUUGUGCAAAAAAAUCUUAGUCAGUAUUGUUUACUGUUUGUAUUACAUCAAAAGCAUUAAGUUUUAAUUUUCAUUUCGUUUUUUCUUUUUUAAAUAGUUCCAUAACUGUUUUUUUAAAUUCAUGUGACAUUACUGCAGCAUGCUCUUCUUAAAUCUCAAGUUGUCCUGAAAAAACAAGGAUGUUUAGAGGUUGACUGUUCACCACAGGGUAGAACAAGCUUUUUAAGACCAAAAAGUCCAGGUGAGACACAGUGGUUAAGAAAUAAGCAUAGGUCUCGGAGGGUUAACCAAAUGUAGGGGAGAAUGGGGUUAGUUGUUACACUUUUGUACUUUAAUGUGAAUUGCUCAUUAUGAUAAUAUCAGUCAGUAAUCAUUCCAAUAUUAAAUUGAAGCUUAAGGUGUCAUGUGGAAAUGUGUACCCUUCUCAUUUCCCAACUUAUUAAAACAAAGAGGUAGUUAACGAUCAAAGACACUCGGACAAAUUGUGACAACCAACCCCAACGCAGGGUUGUCAUUCACUAUGGGGUUGUUUUUCACAAUGUUGUUUUGAUGGAAAAAAAUCUUAAAAAGAAGGCAGAGCUAAAUAUGAAACUUUAAUUGCAUUGACAACUUGACAAACACAUAAUGCAUUUUAACACAAAAGGUGCAAGAGAUAUGAACAGGGACAUCUUUAGGCCGGCUUAUAGGCAUCUAGUAACAUAAAGAACAAAACAAAUAAGCCUAACAAUGAAAGCCUACUCAACUACACGCAUUUACUAUCUAAGUUACAGUGCUGGCAAAUGUAGUGUCUUCCCACUCCAACUAAGCAGAGCUUGUGUGCACACUGGUUGCACAUCCAUCACUUCUCCCAUACCUCCCCUGAACAGCUGUGACGAUCAACCCUAAAGAGAAUGUGAUGACCAACCCCAACCGUAAUUUCUUGCUAGCAUCAAGGCUAACACCUAAGAACAAGUUAUCUAGCUAACAACAAUAUAAACAAUAGCUUUCCUAUCACACUUUGUAAGGGUAAUGAUUGUUUCGUUAUAAACCCAUUGUGUAAAAACCUAGAAGAAAAAUAAUGAGGAGCUGAAUAUUUUCAAUUUGACAUUAAAAAUAUUAAAAGCCCCCUCACCUGAAGUUCAGCUGUCCUACUCCAGAGAAGACUAUGUAGGUGAUUGAAUUCUGGAAAUUUCCUUACCAAAUUUUGGGAGACAGUGCCCUUUGGUGGCAAGAUAUAACGAGUGUGACAACUAACCCGUGUGACAACCAACCCUGUCCUCCCCUACUUCAUCCUGCUCUCAACAGUAGCAUUGUGUUGCAUGACUGCCGGUCUUUACUUGCAGAAUGCUGGGCCCAACUUAGCUGGUUUCUAGUGCUGGAAAACAAACUAAUGGCUGCCACAGUGUAGCAUCCACUAAUGACUGUAGAAAGUAGUAACUAGGAAAAAAGAGAAAAACAAAACAAAGGAGGAUUUAAUUCCUGAAAUAGAGAGUUUUGAAGAACUUUUGCUAAAAUAAUGAGCUCUUGGAGGAGUUUUAGCCCUGGAGCCUUCCAGGAGGCUUUGACGCUUAUAUCAUUGUUUUUUCACAAAUUUGUUUCCACUGCAAAAAAGCAGAGGUGGAAUAAGUUCAGGACUAUUUACCUCAUGUAAAAGUACAGUUACUCUGGCUGAAAUGAACUCAAGUAAAAGUAAGUUUGCUGUUUUCAAAAUGUACUGAAAAAAAGUGCAAGUACAAAAACAAACUACUCGAUUACUACUGUAUAAAUUUCAUUGGUUACUUUACACCUCUGGCAACACUCAAACUUUAAUAAUCCACCAUUUUUUUAUCCGUGCUCCUCCAAAUGUAAAAUGUUGGUGUUUUUGAUUUGUAGAAUUUACAGUCAGAUUCACAUGCAAAUCAAAAAUGUGCAUAAUAACUGGUGGAUGGAAACCCUGCUGUUGUUUGUAUAAUUUAACAAGCUAUCAAAAGUUAGAACAAUCAUGGUGUGAUAACUUUUUAACCACUUUAUUUCCAUUUCCAUUUCAUGUCUAUAUUUACUUUAAUGACUUUGUUUUGGUUUUUCAAUCUUUUUAAAAUACCACUUCAGUAAAACUUUUAUUUUUUUCAUUGGUGGGCUGGGCAAUCAUAUCCCUCAAUAUUAUGCAUAAUGCAUAAUUUGGCAUGUCAAAGUCCUAACCAGAGCCAUUGUGAAUUUGAUUACUUGACUGUUAAACAGCUCUCAACACUCACAGGCUAUCAGAAACCUGCCUUUUACUCUGUGCAUCUGAGGUUUUGGAGAUUGGGAUCGGUCCAGCAAAUCCAAGUUUGACAGGAAGUGUCCCUCGGUUACAUCCAGCGUUUAUUUUGCAUCUUUAUUGGCAUUCACAAAAAGCUUCUGCUCCAAAACAAAGUGAGCAUUGAUGAGCACUUGGCGCUUGUACAAAAAAGAGUGAUGGUUGUUUUACUUAUUGAAGAAAGAGCUUUUGGAGUGAGGAAAAGAACUGGAGUGCUUCUCUUUUCUUCCUCGGGGAGAAAAAUAUUUAUUUAUUUGUUUUGAGUGAAAUUAGGAUGGAGGAUGGACGCAACUUUAGUGGCACAGGUAUGUUUUUUUUUUUUCUUAUAAAGCCUUCUUAUUUAUUCCUUUUUUUGUAACAGUUUCCAAAUUGAAUGACCUCAUAAGAACUAAUAUUUGUUGUAACAGUGAAACUUGUUUGCCAACAAAUAAAUGACAGAUUAAGAUUUAUCACUCAACUAUGACAAAAGCUCUGCUGUUUUUUUCUGAGGUUUUUGAACACUUUUAUAUGGAUUACAGCAAAGGACCAUGAAAGGACAGGACGGUGAAUUCUUUUUGUCUAAUUAUCAGUUAAUAUCCCUCAUUAGCCCUCUGUCCAUUUUAGUGCCAAAUGAAUUUUGGCCCAGCAACAGUGGAUGUGCUCUGUAUGCUCUGGUCUGCUUUACAAUAGAAGCAGUGA